GUGCUUGGUGACCAGGGUGUGGGCAAGACGACCUUGCUUCAGCAGUUCUUCACUUCGGAAUUCAUGGGCAAUGCUGAUCUUGUUUUUGAUAAAGAGUAUGAGAAGACAGUAUCUGUGGAGAUAGAUGGCCAGGAGACGACCGUGACUUUCGUUGACCUUCCAAGCAACAACGUCAAAAUUUUACAAAUUUAUAAACCGCAGAACUCUCAACAAUACUCGGAGAUUGAUGCCUUCAUCGUCUGUUACUCCAUCACAGACCGACAAUCAUUCGACUUCGCUCUGAGUCUCUUGAGAGAGUUUCGCCACAGAACUGACACUGCAGUCAUCUUGGUAGCCAACAAAAGCGAUCUGGUAAGAUCUAGAAAAGUUACCUUUGAAGAGGGAAGAUCUGUGUGCCGCAAGUACAACUGCAAGUUCAUAGAAGUAUCGGCAGCGUUCAACCACUGUGUAGACGAUCUCCUCGUAGGGUUGGUCCACCAGAUCAGACUGAAUCCAUCGAGGCAACGUGCCAAAAGUGUUCCGAACACGGGCUGCAACAUGUCCUCAGAUGCUCUCCUUUCAACCAAGUCCUCGUCGUCAUCCUCCUCAUCUUCACACUUCUCCACAAGCUGCUUUCGAGGCGCGAAAGUAUUUUUUGCUGAAUUUCUUUUUGGUUUCCGAAAAAAAAAAUCCAGAUCGUGCGACAAUUUGUGGUCCGCUAGGCGAAAUUGGCUUAAAAUUUUUUUUUAA